GCAUGUAAAGAAUGUAUGCAAUUUCUAGAAAGUGAUAUUAAAACUACAUGGAGCAUUUUAAAAUACGGAAGGAUUCAUGCACUUUUCCAUGUGAUUCAUUUAAGUCUUAGCUUUCUUAACAUUGGACUUUAUGAACAGA